CCCAAAGCCUUUCGUGACUGUCUUCCGCGUCCGCACCAGAGUAAACAGAGGAUCGUGCAAGUCCACUUCUUUUAUAAUCUGACGGUGCACAUUUUGAACAUACCACUAUGCCCUCGGCGCAAGGCACUCUUGCCGAAAACAUCCCUCUGGAAGGAAGUGCAAUGGAUCAAAUUCAAUUCAAGCGGCGAUUCGGAACACGCACCUGGAUUUUCAUUGGGGCCGUGGUCGCUGUUGUCGUGUUAUUGGUGCUGGUGAUUGUUCUAGGUGCUCUGCUUGGCCACACGAUUGCAAAGUUACGGGAAGUAAGAGAGAGUCAGAUUACGCCAACCACAAGCACGCCGAUAGGAACAAAAGCCCCCUCCCCCACCACCCCUGGUACGGAGGUCUGGUGGCGUCCGCGGCUGCCUGGUGACGUCAUUCCAACUCAUUACAAUAUUAACCUGAACAUCACGGUGGACCAGCCUCACUUUCAUGGGAGAGUAAAUAUGUUUGCUAAUGUUACCAGGGCGACGAGUGUCCUGUUACUGCACUCGUCUAAAGAGAUGAUCUUUAAACGGUCAGCGGUGUGGAUGGUAGCGAGUACUCCAGAGGAACGACAGAUCAAGAACUCGUUUUACUUUGACAAAAAUGAGUACUACGUCCUUGAGAUGGCAGACACCCUGAAAGAAGGGCGUUACCGCGUAGAACUAGUGUACGAUGCGCCAUUCCAGAUUCUGCCCUAUGGCCUGUAUCGAAGUAGCUUUGAGAGACCGAACGGUUCAAAAAGCUAUUUUGCAGCGACGCAGUUUGAAAGAUCAGAUGCGAGAAAAGCGUUUCCAUGUCUAGAUGAGCCCGCAUUGAAAGCGACCUUCAAUGUGACGAUCGCGCACCACGCGCGGUACGUCGCGCUGUGUAACAUGCCGAUCUCGAGUAGCACACGCGUGGACAAUCAGAUCGUGGACCAGUACUAUCAGACAAGCGUAGUCAUGCCUACCUACUUACUGGCAUUUGUGGUGGGAGAAUUUUGGAACCGUGAGUCAAGGUCUAGGAACAAUAUACUAAUGCGAUACUACGCUCGUCCUUCAGUGGUAAACCACACAGAGUAUGCGGAGAGCGUUGGUGGGAAAAUCAUGACGUAUUUUGAAGAUACUUUUGGUGUAAACUACUCGCUUCCUAAAGCAGAUCAAGUAGCAAUACCGUACUUCGGGCCGGGUGCGAUGGAGAAUUGGGGUCUUAUCCUGUACGCGGAGGACUAUCUCUUAUGGGAUGCGGAUAGUAACACGGAACAAAACAAACAGCUCGUCACAUCUGUUAUCGUCCACGAACUCGUCCAUCAGUGGUUUGGUAACAUCGUAACUCUGAAGUGGUGGAAUGAUAUGUGGCUUAACGAGGGGUUCGCCAAGUUUUUCGAGUACAAAGCGAAGGCUGUGGUUGAACCUGUAUGGAAGAAGCACGAGGACUUCGUCUCCGGCCCGAUGAGCACGGCCAUGACGUUUGAUGCGGGUGAUACGACUAAUCCUAUCCGAGUCGCUGACGACGCCCCCAAAGAAGUCACUAACAGCAUGUCGCCUCUCAUAUACUAUGAUAAGGCAGCGUGUGUUCUUCGUAUGCUUGAGGAUUUGCUCGGCGAAGAUGUUUUCCUCGCAGGACUCAAGAGAUAUCUCAAGAUGUUUGCAUUUGCAAACGCUGUCACAGACGAUUUAUGGAGGGCCUUAGAAAUGGAAACCUGCGCUCGCGGCGUAUGCGUGCAGGUGAAGAAGUAUAUGAAUUCUUGGGUUUCGCAAGAGGGCUACCCUGUGGUGACAAUGCAGAGAGAGAAUAAUACUCAUUACCAGUUCUCGCAGAGUCGCUUCUUGAUACACAGCACUACCACCAACAGCUCGAGAAGACAAGCAGAUUACAAAUGGACAAUUCCUUUAACUUACAUCAAAAGUGGUGAGCCAAUCAGGAUGAUUCAAGAUAUGAGCGCAACUACGGAUUACGUUAAAUGGGAUGGUAUCGGCUGGUUCAAAGCUAACGUCGGCACUAAAGGCUUCUACAUCGUUAACUACGAUGACAAAAACUGGAAUGCGCUCGCUGAGCAGCUUUUAGCGAAUCAUACGGUAUUGAGUGCUGCUGAUAGAGCGGGACUUCUCAUGGACGCAUUCAACUUAGCGAGAGGGGCUCGACUAAACUACACCAAGGCGUUUGGCAUGACAUCAUAUUUGAAUAAAGAGACGGACUAUGUCCCGUGGGAGGUGGCGCUAUCCAAGCUGAACGAGUUCAGGACUAUUGUACCUGCCGCCAGCGAGAUAUAUCAGUUAGUCAUGCAAUACCUUGUCAAUCAGACGAGUAACCAAUAUGAAGCCUUGGGUUUCCAGGACACUGGCGACGCUACCAACAAGUUCACGAGAGGAGAGAUUCUUGCCAUCCAGUGCAGAGCUGAGGUUACAUCGUGCGUCACGAAAGCCAAGGAGUUGUUCAGAAACUGGUUGAAUAAGGGAGCACAUAUUCCUCCCAACUUCCGGCCACUAAUGUAACAAUUUCCUUUAUUUCUCCCUUUAUUUAGUAUUCCUCCCAACUUCCGGCCACUAAUGUAACAAUUUCCUUUAUUUUUUCCUUUAUUUAGUAUUCGUCCCAACUUCCGGCCACUAAUGUAACAAUUUCCUUUAUUUCUGCCUUUAUUUAGUAUUCCUCCCAACUUUCGGCCACUAAUGUAACAAUUUCCUUUAUUUCUCCCUUUAUUUAGUAUUCCUCCCAACUUCCGGCCACUAAUGUAAUAAUUUCCAUUAUUUCUCCCUUUAUUUAGUAUUCCUCCCAACUUCCUGCCACUAAUGUAACAAUUUUCUAUAUUUCUCCCUUUAUUUAGUAUUCCUCCCAACUUCCGGCCACUAAUGUAACAAUUUCCUUUAUUUCUCCUUUUAUUUAGUAUUCCUCCCAACUUCCGGCCACUAAUGUAACAAUUUCCUUUAUUUCUCCCUUUAUUUAGUAUUCCUCCCAACUUCCGGUCACUUGUGUUCCACACUGGUGUACGAUAUGGCGGCGUCAGGGACUGGGACCAAGUGUUCGCUAAGUAUCAGAAGACAACACACGAGAUCGAGGCGCGACAGCUGAUGUACGGAUUGGCAGGCACGCGAGAGGCCUGGGUACUCAGCCGGUACGUCAUAUUAGCUAAACC